AUGCUCAGACUCACCAAUUGCCAUCUCUGCGAUAAGGGCACCAUUGUCCAUAAUGCUGACCUCUACAUCGACACAAAGCUGGGAACGAUUGUGGAUGCUCCAAAGUCCAGUUCUAAUGUCAGAACCAUUGAUCUCAAGGGCAAGAUCGUGGCUCCAGGCUACAUUGACAUCCAGAACAACGGAAUCUACGGAUUGAAUUUCAGUGCAUUGAACGAAACUUCCACGGAAGCCGACAUUGCCGAGUUCCGGGCUUUUUACAAAGAUGUGAUGGCCAAGUUUUUGAAAACUGGAGUUACAUCCUUGUGUCCAACCGUCACCUCCAACUUCCCGGAGGUGUACCAGAAGGUGCUUCCUAUCUAUAAGAGAAGCAGAUCUUCCGCCAUGAGCGACUCUUUGGGUGCACAUUUAGAGGGGCCCUUCAUUAGCAAGGCCAAGAAGGGAUGUCAUCCUGUGGAGACGUUUGUGGAUGCAGAGAAGCACGAGCUCUCUGAGAUUUACGGUGCAGCUAACUUGGUUGAAAAUGUGGCCAUUGUCACAGCAGCACCUGAGAUUCCCGGAGUGCUUGAUCUGAUCCCCGAACUUCUAGAAUCUACUGACGUGGUGUUUUCCAUUGGUCACACUUCUACGGACUACGCCACAGGUUUGAAGGCCGUCCAAAACGGUGCAUCGAUGGUGACUCACUUGUACAACGCCAUGCCCCAGCCACACCAUCGUGAUAUCGGAGUGGUGGGCUUGGUUACUUCGCCACAAGCAGGCACUCACACUCCAUAUUUUGGACUUAUAUGUGACGGAGUCCAUGUGGCUCCAUCUAUGUGUGUCUUGGCCUACCGUGCUAGUCCAGACAAGUGUAUACUCACUACUGAUGCCAUGCACUUGAUUGGAUUGCCAGAUGGAACAUACCAAUGGGAUAAACAGAAGAUUGUUAAGACAGGAGCCUCGCUCUACUUGGAAGGAACAACCACAUUAGCUGGUGCAGCCACCGAUUUGUCGGUAUGUGUUCAGAAUUUGGUCAAGUGGGCCAAUAUCUCGUUGGCUCAGGCAGUUCAGACGGUGACAAACAAUGCAGCCGACUCUUUGCGCAUCAAACACAAGGGCUACUUGAAUGUUGGAUGUGAUGCUGACUUAGUUAUUUUGGAUAACGAAGGAAAUGUCGAACAAGUGUUUAAGUUGGGAGUUCCUGUGAGAUCCGAGACUCGUCUCAGUGCAUCUUUGUAA